AUGAAUCUACAGUAUCUAUCAACUCUUCUGCCUCAGCAGGAAGGUUCGAAUAAAAUUCGCUCAUUGGCUUGCACUCCAAACGGUUCAAAGUUAGCUGUUGUUGAACGAGAUCGCGUAAUCACCUUAUUCGACGAUCAAGGUGAAGUUAAGGACCGAUUCAGUUCAAAGCCGCUCGACGCUAAGUAUGGGAAAAGAUCUUACAUCGUCAAAUGGAUCUGCUUUUCUCCGGACUCAUCGAGGCUUGCCGUAGCGCAGUCGGAUAAUGUGUGGCCGUUCGAGGACAAAUUGUUAAUUGGUUUGAACGAUGGAAAGUUGCGUGUUGCAGUUCUAACUAGUAAUAAAUGCACUACGCUCUAUAAGAGAGACGAAUCGGUGGUCAGCGUUAGCGUAAACUCUCGGAGAACCGCGUUUGUGUCUGGGCAUCAUGAUGGUUCAAUUAUACAUUUUACUUUUAACAGCAAAAAACAGGCAAAAAACCUCCUAAACGAUGAAAUAGAGAUUGUUGUAAACCACACGACGGCCAUUGACUGGCUUGAGCUCAGCUACAGCGCCACGAAGCUGCUAUUUCGCGAUAAAAGUUUACGACUAAUGCUUUUGGAUGGAACGCAGCAAACGACCAUUUUAGACUUCUGCACCUACGUCCAGUGGGUACCUUGCAGUGAUGCAGUGGUUGCGCAAUCUGGGAACAUCCUUUAUGUGUGGUAUAAUCCGUCAGUACCAGAUCAGGUUACUGCGGUAACAAUAAAAGGGGAGGUGGAGACUGUGUUGAGAGAUGUCGAUAGAACCAAGGUCAUAGUGCGCGAAACCAAUACUAACGCCGCUUACGAGCUGGAUAGGGUCCAAAUAGAAUUUUGGUCGGCCGUCGAAUGUGGAGAUCUUUCAAAAGCAGCUGCUUUCUUGGAUUAUUACAAAGUUGAUGAUUCAUACAUAAUGUGGAGGAAAGUAGCGCACCUGGCUUUGGAACAAAACAACUUAUUCAUUGCUCAGCGAUGUUUUGCAGCUUUGGGCGAUUUCGGGAAGGCUCAAGCGGUUUUCAAAAUGAUGGACUUGUCUGAAGACACAGCGAAAAAGAGCGACGGUGAUUUCACAAAAUCCUACAAAGUGAUGGCAAGUUUGGCACUGUUAAAACGUAGAUUCAAAGAAGCGGAGAUGGUUUACGUGAAACAAAAUGCCGUCGAAGAAGCUGUCGAAAUGUACCUGAAUCUCCACAAAUGGGAUGAAGCACUGGAACUGGCAAAAGCUAUGAAUUACAGUGGCUAUGAACAGUUGAAGUCAAAUUACUUUGAAACCCUACUCGAUACAGGACAGGAUGCGAAAGCUGCUGAAUUGAAAUUAGCUGAUGGUGACAUUGCUGAAGCUGUAAAUCUUUACUUAAAAGCAAGGCAACCGGUACAAGCUCUGUCAGCUGCUCUCACGAAUUCAGCGCUGGCUGAGGAUAUACAGUUGAUGUCGUCCAUAGCUGGUCAACUGAUGCAGUCACAGAUCUUCGACAAGGCUGGAGAAGUAUAUGAGCAUAUAAAGGAUUACGGAAAAGCCUUGGAAUGCUAUAAAAAUGGAAGAGCCUUGAACAAAGCGAUACAGCUAGCGAGGUUCUGCGCUCCUGAACAGGUGGUCAUACUUGAAGAAGAUUGUGGUGAUUAUUUGGUGUCGAUAGGACAACAUGAAGCCGCUAUAAAUCACUUUCUAGAAGCUAAUAAUAUAAUAAAAGCGGCAGAAGCAGCUAUACAAGCGAAAGAGUGGAGAAAAGCUGUGGAAAUUGCUGACGUAAUCCAGGAUCAGCAAGUUUCCAUCGGUUUCUACAAGCGAAUAGCUUCUUUUUACGCUACCGCUGACGAGCUUGAUAUUGCUGAACGUUUGUAUCUAAAAGCAAAUCUUCACAAAAAAGCUAUCGCCGUGUAUAUUGAGCACAAUCGUUGGGCAGAUGCGUACAGGUUGUCAGAAAAAUUCCUCGGGAAAGAAAAAACAUUUGCAUUAUAUGGAGCUAAAGCUGAAGAAAUGGAGCAACAAGGUCGUUAUACUGAUGCAGAACAGCUGUACAUCUCGAUGGGUAUGCCAAAUAAGGCUUUGUUGAUGUAUAGAAAUGCGGAGAGAAAUGAUGAUGUGAUCCGACUUGCUGAAAAGUACGAUAGGGAACAUUUGCAGGACACGUAUAACUGGCUGGAAAAGCAGCAUGAAGAACAUGGAGAUUUACGCCUUGCUGAGGAGGAGUACCUUGAAGCUGGAAACUUCAAGGCUGCUAUUACUAUGUACAUGGAGAACGAAAUGUGGACGGAUGCAUAUCGUCUGGCAAAAAAUGAAGGUGACGACCAAGAACGGAAACAGGUAAUAUUUUUAUGGGCGAAAAGUUUGGCUGGAGAGGCUGCGGUGAAAUUGCUUAACAAGCACAGAUUACUUGACGAAGCUAUUGACCACUUUAUUGAGAUUGGGUAG